UCCACGAUAUCACGAAAUUAUUGAUUUAUUUUCGUAACUUAUUUCUAUCCGCAUAAUUCGAAAACGCCAUUGUUGCAUCUUAGAUCCAAACAAAUUCCUUGGCUAAAGCGAUCAUGUCUACAGCAGUCUUCAAUGGCGACGAAACUGCUCCUUUUUUUGGCUUUCUGGGUGCCGCUGCCGCUCUCGUCUUCUCCUGUAUGGGAGCUGCAUAUGGAACGGCCAAGAGUGGAGUAGGAGUUGCGUCAAUGGGAGUGAUGAGACCAGAAUUGGUGAUGAAAUCGAUUGUUCCAGUUGUUAUGGCUGGAGUUUUGGGUAUUUAUGGAUUGAUUAUUGCUGUGAUCAUCAGUACUGGUAUUAAUCCUAAGGCUAAAUCUUAUUACCUUUUUGAUGGUUACGCUCAUCUCUCUUCUGGUCUUGCUUGUGGUCUCGCUGGUCUUUCCGCUGGUAUGGCUAUCGGUAUUGUCGGUGACGCUGGUGUCAGGGCCAACGCCCAACAGCCCAAGCUUUUCGUUGGAAUGAUCCUAAUCCUCAUUUUCGCUGAAGCUUUGGCGUUAUACGGUCUCAUUGUUGGUAUCAUCCUUUCAUCCCGUGCUGGCCAGUCGAGAGCUGACUAAAAGAGCUCGUCUAUAUGGGAAUGGGAACAAUACCAGAAUAUAUAGUUAAUUGUUUGUUCUCUCGUUCAAAUAAAAUAUGUUGUAUCGUUAUAUUCAGCUUGGACAUCUUGUAAGAUGCCAAAUAUUCUUUUGAGCCUUUUUUCAUUCAUUUUGUUGUACAAAAUUUAAAGCCCCCAUGUUGCUAGGAGGAGCACCAUUGUUCUAUGGAGAAGUAAUUAAAUCUAAUUAUGAAUUUGUUGAGCUUUAGACUAAAAUGUCGUUCUUCCCGGGUAAUUUUAUGUUAAUUAGCGAGUUAUUUUGUUUGUUGUGAUUUUUUAUUGCGU